AUGCACCACUUGGAUGAAUUUAGUCGAACACCACUGCACUUGGCUGCGCUACACGUAGAGCCAGAUGUACUGAAGGCCCUACCAGUGAAUUCUGCGGUGAGAGCCAAAGACAUUUUUGGCAUGACACCCUUGAUGUGUGCGGAUAAGCUCCAAGUGUGGGACAGACUGGAUGUAUUCUGCUGUCGGUACUCAGAUGACAUGGUCGUAUGGGCUGCAGAAAUUCCCCCUGCAGUAAAAAAUCUUACGGGAGAAACAGUCCUUCGUAAGUCUGCGCUGCAGGGUAAACUUUGCUCCCUGAUGGGUGUGCUCCUCUGGAACUUUUGCAGGAAUCGCGGUGAACGUGGUGACAGAACAGGUCUCGUAGACCUGGAUACUAUCAGAGAUAACUCUGGCGGGACCCUCCUAUUCCAUGCAAACUCGUCUGGCACCCUGCAGCUUCUCCUCUCUUAUUGCGACCCUAGAGUUUUUGAUGUGUUCGGCAAAACAGCACUGCAUCACGUACUUUCAGACUCACUUUUUGCAGAAAGUACAAUAGCGUGCGAGAGGGGGACGUCUGCCUUCGAGGCAGUCGAGCUUCCUUUUCUUCACCUGCCAGUGGACGUCUAUGACGAUGUGGGGAGGACACCCCUGUUCUUGAGUAUAUGCAGACAACCGAAAAUCGAUCUAGUAAGGCUGCUACUUCUCAGAUCACGGACGAAUAUUAUAGAUAAAACUGGUCGUACGCCACUGGAACUAGCGCUCGAAUACGGUGAGAGUGAGGCCAUCAGAAUGCUUCUUCCCCAUUCGUGCCUGCACAACCUCAAAAUUGGCGCAGAUACGCCUCCGCCUCGGCACCAUUGGUGGAUCUACUAG